AUGUCCCAGGGGCAUUCUGACACCCCCUUGGCGGAAGAGGCCCUUCUGCUUGGGCGCCAGCUCAACUCCGAGUUACAGAUCAGCCCCACCACCGUGACCCCGCAGGAAAAGCGCCGCGCCAUGGCGGCACUGGAUAACGCUGCCUUUUCGGACGACCUCUCACCGCCUCCCGCCGGGCCACACCGGAUCGUCCUCAGCACCGAAAGCCCGGUUGCUUUGAAGGUGGGCACCCAGCAGCUCAUCCCCAAAUGCCUGGCCGAGUCCCCCCGCGCCAAGCCCCCCGCCCGGCACCAGAGCUUCUCGGCGGUGGUGCUGAGCAAAGAGGCCGCCCGGUGCGACCCGAAGCGCCUGUCGGCUCCCAGCAUUUCUUUCGAGGAUAUGGAGGAGGAGCUGGGCGGGGGGAUGCUGAAGCGCAACCUCCGCAACAUGUCCUACCGGGCGGCCAUGAAGGGCUUUGGGAACGGCGACGCGGCAGAGACGCCCAAGUUCACCGCCACCUUGAAGCCGCUCUCGGAAGAGGCCAACGGACAAAGAGCUCGGAGCCCCGGCCGAAAUAAGAGAACCUUUGGGCGCAAUCGGAUGCAGCGUCAUGGGGGAUCUUUCAAGGAUGACCCCCGCUUGUAUCAAGAGAUCCGAGAGAGAGGCUUGAACUCUAGCAGCCACGAGUCGGACGACGACCUGCUAGAGGUGGAAACCAUCCCCGAGGAGCCUCCUGCUGCCGACUCGGUCAUCGUGGUGAAGAACUACCGGCCUGCCCACGUCACCUGGAGCCAACUCCCCGAGGUGCAGGAAGCUGGCAUCUUGGAGCUCAUCUCCCCCGAAGAACGCAAGAGGCAGGAGGCCAUUUUUGAGAUCAUCACUUCUGAGUUUUCCUACAUGCGCAGCCUGGACAUUCUGGUGACCCACUUCCUGAAGUCCGAGGAGCUCAAGGAGACGAUGACGCAGACCGAGCACCAUCACCUCUUCUCCAACAUCGGGGAUAUCCUGGCGGCCAGCAAGAGUUUCUUUGAGGACUUGGAAAAAAGGCAUCAGGAGCAUCUCCUGAUCAAGGACAUCAGUGACAUUCUGGAAGAUCGGGCAACCAACCAUUUCAACCCCUACGUCAUCUACUGUUCCAAUGAGGUCUACCAGCAAAGGACCCUUCAGAAGCUGUUGGCCUCCAACCCGGCCUUCAGAGACACAUUGAAACAGAUCGAGCGGAAGCCGGAGUGCGGCAGCCUGCCCUUGAUCUCCUUCCUUAUCCUCCCCAUGCAGAGGGUGACCCGCUUGCCUCUGCUGAUGGACACGGUUUGCCAGAAAACCCGGACGCGCAGCCCGGCUUACGAAGCAGCCACGCGAGCGCUGAAAGCCAUAAGCAGGCUUGUGAAAAUGUGCAACGAAGGCGCCCACACCAUGGAGAGGACAGAGCAGAUGUACACACUGCAGAAACAGCUGGAAUUUGGGAAAAUCAAGAACUUCCCCCUGAUUUCUGCUUCCCGCUGGCUGCUGAAGAGGGGGGAGCUGGCCCUGCCCUUGGCGGAGGAAGGCGGAAUUUUCCGGAAGGGUUCCGGGCGCGGGAACUGCUAUCUCUUCGUCUUUAACGACGUCCUGAUCAUCACCAAGAAAAAGAGCGAGGAGAGUUACGCGGUUCUUAACUAUGCCAUGCUGGAUCAGAUCUCGGUGGAAAAAAUCGAGAACCCCGACGAUCCCUCUUCUCCUUCCGGCAAGCCGGGGUCCAGCGGCGUUCUCCGCAGCGGCUACCUAUUUCGCGUGAUCAUGAACAAGGACAGCGAAGGCAAGCGGGAGGUGAUUGUGCUGGCCGCGGAAUCCCUGAGCGAUCGUGCCCGAUGGAUCACGGCUUUGAUGCACCGGGAAGAAAAGGAGAAGGUGACGGCGGACAAAGGAGAUCUCAAGCAGGUGGAGAUAACCAGAGCUUACAUGGCCAAGCAGACGGACGAGAUAUCCUUGCAGCAGGCUGACGUUGUCCUGGUCCUUCUCCGAGAGGACGGCUGGUACCUAGGAGAGCGUUUACGUGAUGGGGAAAGAGGGUGGUUCCCUCAAGCCUGCGCCCAGGAGAUCACCAACCGCAGUGCCGUGCAGCGCAACGUCCAGCGCAUGGAACGGCUGCGCAUAGAAACGGACGUUUAGGCUGACUCCU